UCUCCCGGCUUCCGUCGCCGGUUCGGGCUGCAGUGAACGACGGCGGUCUGUCGGCUAACUUUCUCUGGAGCAAGUCACAAAGAUGGCGAACGUGGUGCUGGAGUUCAAGGCUUCUGCCGGUGACUCCGAGCCACAGAGUCGCCCUGUUCUGAUUGUCGGACAGCAGUCGAGCCUGCAGCAGGUCAGCUGGAGUCAGAUCAAAGGCAAACUGCAGCCGGUCGUCAGCAAGGAGAUCUGGCAGGCGGCUCUCGGUGCUUUGAACCCAAACCCCACGGACAGCUGCCCCCUGUACCUCAACCAUGCUACGGUGGCUGCACUUCCUUCACGGGUCAGCAGGCACAACAGCCCCUCUUCUGCCCACUUUCUGUCCCGUCUGGUCCGUUCCUGCCUGCCUGGCGGGAACAACCGCUGCAUCGUGAUGGUGUGUGAGCGUUCAGAUGUGUUUGCAUCCUCCUGUGCCAUCGCCAGGGCCUUCCCCAUCUUCACUCGCCGCUCCACAGCCUCACGCAGAGCUGAGAAGAAGCACGUCACUUUGGAGUUCGUGAUCGUCGGGCAAGAGAGCAGUUCUCUGGAUGUCGCAGAACUUGAGUGCCUCUCCAACGCUGCUGAUGGAGUGCGGCUUGCAGCUCGCAUCGUGGACACACCAUGCAAUGAGAUGAAUACAGACCACUUCUUAGAUGAAAUCAAGUCUGUGGGAACUGAACUUGGAAUCACUCCAGUGAUCAUUCGUGGAGAGGAACUCAAACAAAGAGGGUUUGGAGGUAUUUAUGGGGUUGGCAAGGCGGCAGAGCAUCUUCCUGCAUUAGCGGUCUUGAGCCACACACCAGACGGUGCAACCCAAACCAUUGCAUGGGUGGGCAAGGGCAUCGUGUACGACACUGGAGGACUCAGCAUCAAGGGAAAGACCACAAUGCCAGGGAUGAAGAGGGACUGUGGUGGAGCAGCUGCCAUUUUGGGAGCUUUCAGCGCUACUAUUAAACAGGGCUUUAAGGAUAACCUCCAUGCAGUGUUUUGCCUGGCAGAGAAUGCAGUCGGGCCCACGGCCACACGACCUGAUGAUAUCCACACUCUCUACUCUGGAAAGACAGUGGAGAUCAACAACACUGAUGCAGAGGGCAGGCUGGUGCUGGCUGAUGGAGUAGUGUAUGCCAGCAAAGACCUGUCAGCUGAUAUUAUUCUGGACAUGGCCACACUGACGGGGGCACAGGGGAUCUCCACUGGAAAGUACCAUGCAGCGGUGAUGACUAACAGUGAGGAGUGGGAAGUUGCAUGUGUCCGCGCUGGCCGCAGCAGCGGAGAUCUCGCUCACCCUCUGGUCUACUGCCCGGAGCUGCACUUCAGCGAGUUUACCUCUGCCAUGGCCGACAUGAAGAACUCUGUGGCGGACCGAGAGAACGCCCAGAGCUCCUGCGCCGGCCUCUUUAUUGGUUCCCACCUGGGCUUUGAUUGGCCUGGUGUCUGGGUCCAUGUUGAUAUCGCCUCCCCCGUACAUGCUGGGGAGCGUGCCACAGGAUUCGGCGUUGCUCUGCUAAUGGCCCUGUUUGGUCAGGCAUCAGAAGACUCCAUGCUGAACAAAGUGUCUCCUCUGGGUGCUGCCACCAACAUGUCCGGAGACCAUAUGGAGCGUGACUGCAAGAGACGAAGGCUGGUGUAGAACAGACGCAACGGUUUACUCCCCAACGCCGACCGGCUCCCGCUCAAACUGCUGAAGCAAGAGCUCAUCCAGUUAAAACAUUUUAAAACUGUGAUUCAACUUCCUGUGUUUGAUUCAAUUUGAAUUCACUGAAUAAUAAAAAAAAAAAAAAAAAAGAUAAUGAGUAAAUCAGGUGUGUUAUACAUGAUUAUGAUAAAAACACAGGGCCUUUUUUGUCCUCAUGACGUAGCACUUGCUGCACUGAUCACCUCCAAAGCUUCUCCAUUGUCCAGUUGCUCUUGAUGACGAUGCAUUGAUUUGUUUGUUUUUACCUCAUAAAACAUACACCUUGUGUUCAGAUAUCCACCUCAUCAGCAGGCAUUGUUGUAUGUUGAUACUUUUAUGCACAACAAGGAUUUAUGCCAUACAUGUUGUCUCUGACAUUGUGAAAGAAUACUGGAUCAGGAUCAGUAAAGCUUCCUUUCUUUUAUGGUAACCACUGCACUUUGUGUUCACCCUGUGUAUAGUUGGAUUGUGUUAUCUCUUGGACCAAACUGAGGAGUGAGCGCUCAUUGCAGUUUUUAACAGUUUUACAGUUCAGUGUCAGGUGAGUACUUGCCAAGCAGUGCCACAUAUGCUCUGUCAGCACAAAAUGCACAUAGAAGUUUAUAACUAAGUCCAAGUAUUAGAUUCCAGUGUAAGUAUGAAAUUGUUUCCACCCUUGUGACAAUCAUGUCCUUCAAUAAAGUCGGUGCCAUCUGA